GGUUGAGAACAGCCGAGCAGGAAUAGAACUCCACGCGUCACAUCUCUAUUGGAGGAAGGAGCCGGAAAAACCAAAGUACAAUUCUGGUAUCACCUCACCCCUACCAACAACUGCGAAAUAGAAGAGGCCGAGAUAGGAAAGGGAAGGAGAUAAAACCAAACGCAGCUGAUAAAGAUCUCAUUGGGUUUUGGAUUUUUUUGAGGAAGAAAGAGAGGAGAAGGGUAUUGACUCUGGUUCUGUAAUUUUUUUUUGAAUAAAAAAAUGAACAGGACUCAGUCAAAGCUUUUCAAGAUCGUCCUCUCCCUUUUCGCUCUCAACUCGGUCUCUCUCUUCCUCUACUUCUCCUCCCAUUACCACCAUACCCACCAGCAAUCCCACCACCGGCCGCUUUCCGGGGCGGACCACAUCACUUCCCUCUCGGAUAAAAACCGUCAUUUCCUCACGGAUACCCGCCGUACCCAGACGGACAACCACCGCCUCCAGAAUAAUCAUAAUAAUAGUGAUUACCUUAAGCCGUGGCCGAUACUACCGUCUUACCUUCCCUGGACUCAGAAUCCUAAUGUCUCAGCCGGCUCCUGUGAGGCCUACUUCGGCAAUGGAUUCUCCCGCCGCGUCGAUGUCCUACCCGCGAAUACCGGCGGAUCUUCUGGAUGGUUCCGUUGCUUCUUCAGCGAGACUCUUCAGAGCUCCAUUUGCGAGGGAGGAAGUGUGCGAAUGGUCCCUGAGAGAAUACAGAUGUCUAAAGGAGGGGAGGCGAUCGAGGAGGUCAUUGGGAGAGAUGAAGACGAAGAGAUGCCUAAGUUUCAAACCGGUGCCUUUGAGAUUCUUGGGGAUGGAAGGAAAGAUAAAAAUCUUGUUCAAAGAGAUUUCUUGAAUUCUUAUAUCCCAGCACGCAUGAUUUCACAGCACACGAUCCGUCGACUGAUCACUUCAAUUCGUGUCGUGGAAGAUAAUGAAUUUCAUUGCGAUCAGUGGAUUGAGGAGCCAACAAUUCUUGUGACACGAUUUGAAUAUGCAAAUCUGUUUCACACAGUUACGGAUUGGUACAGUGCAUAUGUGUCUUCUAGAGUCACUGAAUUGCCUUAUCGGCCUCAUUUGGUUUUUGUGGAUGGCCACUGCAAAACAGCUUUGGAAGAAACAUGGAGAGCUCUAUUUUCAAGUGUUAGGUAUGCUAAAAACUUUACUGGCGCAGUUUGUUUUCGCCAUGUUGUUCUUUCUCCUUUGGGAUAUGAGACUGCACUCUUUAAGGGAACGAAUGAAGAUAUAAAUUGUGAGGGAGCAUCAGCCCAUGAUCUUUGGCAAAACCCUAAUGACCGAAAAACAGCUCGUUUAUCCGAGUUUGGGGAAAUGAUUAGAACGGCCUUUGGCUUUUCUGUCAAUAGACAUGGAAAUGAAAAGUCUGUUUCAGGUCAUAAUGUCCUCUUUGUCAGACGUGAAAAUUAUUUAGCCCAUCCACGUCAUGGUGGUAGAGUUGAAUCAAGACUGAGCAAUGAACAAGAAGUGUUUGAUGCAUUACAGAGUUGGGCAUCUAAUCAUCCUGAAUGCAAAGUGAAUAUUGUCAAUGGAUUGUUUGCACACAUGCCUAUGAAGGAGCAAUUACGAGCCAUUCAAGAGGCUUCAGUUAUUGUUGGUGCUCAUGGUGCAGGUCUCACUCAUAUAGUUUCAGCAACACCAAAGACAGUGAUAUUAGAGAUCAUCAGCAGCCUGUUUAGACGGCCACAUUUUGAAUUGAUUUCCCACUGGAAAGGAUUGGAGUACCAUGCCAUCUACCUUGCUGAAUCAUAUGCCUCUCCUGCUGUUGUCACUGAAAGGCUUCACAGAAUCAUGAAAAGUCUUGGAUGUUGAACUCCUUUAACAUUGUUUGAAAUUAUCCACGGCCUUAUUGCUGGGAUGUGGAAACGUGACAAGAAAUCCUCUCUGUUUGUAUUAUUAAUCUCUGGGAGUCUGCUGUGCACGUUAUGGUCCAUUUCUUUGUCUCCUUUUGGACUUAAUUUUCCUUUCUGUGCAACAUUUUCUUGGAGGAUGUCAGAUUCUACUUGAGCUUAAUUUAAUGCAUUCAUGAUCAAGGGAGGUCCUUCGGAGUGGCAUACCAAGGCAAUAUGUAAUCCUGACACUGUUCAAUACCAUGCUUGGAAAUUAUUUGUGGUCUCUAGGGAAGAAAAUGAUAGGUUGAUUCUUGCAUUUGUUUUUUUUUUUUUUGCUUGGGAUUGUCUUACUUGUACAAUACAUCACUGAUAGAUUAUUCAAUUUUGAAUGGAGAACUUCUGUAGUGAAUAACAUUAUUUUUUUUUUCUUGCA